CCCCGCUCCCGCUCCCGCUCCGGAUCCAGCCCCAAACCCCCAGCCCACCAACUCCACUUUCCUUCUAUAUCCGCCGCCACGCCACGCCACGCACGCCACCUCGACGAAGCCGUGUCCGGCAAGGACAAGCCUCCGGCUGCCGCAACCGCCUCUGCCCUGGCUAUAAAGGCACGCCCUUUGGCCGUCCGCUCCUCCUCUCUUCGCCCAGGCCAUGCCUCUCGCCUCGAUUCGUCCUCGACUCCUGCCUCUCCUCCUCCCGCGUCUGGUUUCAUCUUGCUCCUCAUCGCUCGACUCGUCCGUUUAGACUGGAAAGAAUUGCUCGUCCUCGAUUCGUCUGUUUUGAAGCGCGUCUAAUUUGAUUGACUUUGCUCGUCCUCGGUUCAUCUGUUUAGAUAGAAAUCGCGUCUGGUUUCAUUUUGCUCGUCCUCGCUGUCGCCCGUUUAGCAUCGCUUCCGAGUUGAUUUUACUCGUCCUCGCCGUCGCCAGUUUAGAGUCGCGUGUGCUCGUCCUCGCCGCCGCCCGUUUAGAAUCGCUUCCGAAUUGAUUUUGCUCGUCCUCGCCGUCGUCAGUUUAGAGUUGCGUGUGAUUUGAUUCUGCUCGUCCACCCCGUCGUCCGUUUAGAUCAGAAUCGCGUCUGUUUUGAUUUUCUUGUCCUCGCUGUCGGCAAUUUAGAUAGAAUCCGCGUCUUGAUUUGAUUCUGCUCGAUCUCAUCCUAGUCCAUUUGGAAUCGCGACUGAUUAUAUUCUGCUCGAUCCCCUGUGUUGCUGCUGGGUUCUUUGCACUGAUGCUCUCGCGUGUUCUUCGUGCCGUCUCAUCGGGGGUAUCCGUGGAGGAAGCGAGCGGUCGGUCGGUCGGUCGGUUUGGGUCGUUUGGUUUGCGAACUAACAAGUCUGUUUGUGAAACUUCUGCGUGCGCUUCUGUUUUCUGAGAGACGCUCACGUUCCUGUGUUUCGUGUUCGGGUCGGGCCCUUGUUCGCGUCUGCUUUUGAAAUUGGAACUGCUGUUUAUCGUGCUCGUUCAGAUCGGUUCCUCUGUUCCGUUACCUGCGCUGUUCGUCAGUUACUUUCAUAUCUCAAACGCAUGCACCCUUUGAUACUGCUUGAUGGAUGUUCAGAUCUCAAAUGCUGCGUUGUUCAGAUCGGUUAUUUUGAUUGAAAUUGGGUUGUUGGCCCUCUGUCGAUUCUUAUUCUACUUGAUGGAUGUUCAGGGUGUUACUAUGUUGUUUUCAAUUGCUUACUUGUCAUGCUUUGCUCAUGUUCCCAUAUAUGGUGAUGUGUAUUCAGGGGUGCAAACCAUUUAGGUAGAAAGUUUUACAAGAGUGCAAACCAUGUGGCCUUCCUUUCUUCCUCAUGUUGCUAUUUCCAUUUAACUGCUCAUCAUACGAGUACUAGAUGAGGUGCUGCUAGUUAGUCCCCCUUAGACAUUGUUCUAGAUAAAAGAGCAUAACUCCAGAAUUUUGUCAUUACACACCUGGGCAUAUAAUUCUGCUGUGAGCAUAACUCCAGAAUUUAUUUAUCUGUGAAAGCUUGUUCAUCACAUGUUUUUUGUCAAUGCUGCUAACUUUAUAGCUUUCUGAAAUUACUUCGGUCUUGCAUGUAUGCUUUCUGUUUGUGCCCCUAUCUAAGUCUGUUUCUUGUGUGCAAGUGCUCCAUUAUGUGUGUGUCACUGUGUGUGGCUUGAUGGUGAAUAUGUGUGGCUUGACUCUGUGUGUGUGUGUGUGGCUUGAUGGUGAAUAUGUGUGGCUUGACUCUGUGUGUGUGUGUGUGGCUUGACUGUGUGUGGCUUGAUGGUGAAUUUGUGUGUGGCUUGACUGUGUGUGUGACUCUGUGAAUAUUGCAUUUGCUUGAUGGUGUGGCUUGUAUCCUUUGUUGAAUGAUUGGUUUGUAUAACUUGUGUUUUAUAUUGUUGUGGCACGAUUGAUUGCUGUUUGUUGAAUGCGAACUCGUAUCUUGACGAAUAAUCAUGUAUGCUAACUUGUAUUGGUAGUUCCUGAUCACCUAUUACUUGUUUAGUGUAGACUGACUAUUCUUUUUUCUGAACUUUUUUGUGAUUAUGUCUUCACAUUGCACUGCUCGAUCCAUAUCGACAUCCCACGCUGUCUGAGGAUAAAGAUGUUAUGAGAAAAAUAGGGUGCCCCAACCAAGAUUGACUUCCUCUCUCUUUCUUAUACAAGGCAUGCAGAAGAUGUGUGGCAAGCAUGGGAGUUCCUCUCAAAGUUAGGUGAUCUUAGCCAAACUCUGAUUUUGCCAAAAUUGAGAAUGUGGAGGUAAUUUCAAGAUAUUCCUUCAACAUUCCUGAGCAACUUGAAUUUGUUUACCACCUAUUGACUCCUUAUUCCUUGCUUGAACCAUUUUGAUGAGAUCCUGGAAGAAGCAGAUGGUAUAAUUCUGUCAAGAGGAAACUUUGGAAUUGAUCUUCCACCUGAAAAGGUGUUCUUAUUUCAGAAGUCUGCUCUGCACAAGUGCAACAUGGCUGGAAAGCCUGCUGUUGUUACUCAUGUUGUGGACAGUAUGACGGACAACCUAAGGCCUGCUUGCGCGGAGGCAACUGAUGUGGCAAACGCGGUGCUGGACGAAUCCAAUGAAAGUUCUGAUUCCGAAAGCUCUGACUCCGAGUGGAAGCUACCAUGUUUCACUUCGUUUUCAGAAGCCAGCUACCGAAGUGAAGAAUUCUGCGGGUUGCUACUGCACAAAAGAAAAACCUGGAAUUGGACGGCUCUGACAGCGAUUCUGAUGAUUCAUCAGAUGAGUUUGCAGGAUAUGGCCACUAAAGCCAAGAAAGUGGUAGAAUCCAGUGAAAGUUCUGAUUCUGACUCUGAGGAGGAUACCACUGCUAAACCAGUUAAGAAAAAUAAAGAAUCUAGUGAUAGCUCAGAUUCUGACUCAGAUUCAGAUUCUGAAGAAGAUACCACUGCUAAAACAGUUUCUGUAUAGAAAGAAGAAUCUAGUGGUAGCUCAGAUAAUGACUCGGAUUCCGAUUCUGAUGAACCAGCAAAAUCUACUAUUCCUGCUAAGAGGCUUCUGACAACAGAGAAAAAGAGUGAACAUUCCAAGGAUGAUUCUGAUGAUAGUUCCGAUGAGAGUGAUGAAGAGCUUGCACUAAAGAAGCCUAAGGAAUUUUUGGUGUUUGCUUUUUCAUCUAAAGAUUUUGGUCUCUAAGGUUGCCAAGAAAGAAAUCAGUGGUGAUGAUGACAAUUCUGAAGAGAGCUCAAGAAGUGAUGAUGAAAAUGAUCAAUCGGUGUCAAUGUGAAAGUCCAAGCAGAACGAAGUAUGGUUUGAGCAUAUUUAUGCUGUUGUAAUUUUUCCACUUAUGUUUGAUGGUAAUCAGCCUCUAACCAGCUUCCUAAUUUCGGGAACGAAGAUCUGAAUCACCCUCACCCCUCUAGAGAAAUCAGUUUACUUAUUCAAGUUCUGGAAAUUCCUUAUAGCUUUCUGAGUUUA